AUGAAUAAAAAUAUAGGGAUAGCGAAUGAUGUUUACAAGUAAUAGUUACAAAAAUGCAAUGAAACUGUAUAGAAUGAAAUUGAAGUAUUAUUUUUGAUUAAUUAAUUUAUUAGUCCUCAUUCAAUAAAAUCGACACUUAUUUAAAUUAACUUUUUAAUAAUACUUCUGAUUCAUUCAAUCUUCAUUAUGAAAGGAUAAGUUAAAGACAAAGUGCAUUACCGAUUCUUAAUAUAUCUGAAAAUACAUUUAAUAAUCUAAACUUUGCAAAUUAAUUAUGUUAAGACAUUUCAUCAUUGAUAAAACCUAACAUUAACAAGUAAAUAAAAUUGAAUGACAAAUCAUUAAAUGAAGAUAAAAAGUAAAAACAUUAAGAUGAGCAUGUUCAAUUAAAUCAAUAAGUACAAUCAAUCAUUAAUCAAUCAGAUGUGAAAAAAUUCACUUAUCAAAUAAUAACAGAUUAUUCAAUUUCACAAUCUAAUUGGUGUUGUGCAAUAGCUAUUAAUAAAGAUUGUUCAAUAUUAUUGAUUGCAUGUAAUUCACAAAUUAAAGUAUUUGAAUUCCAUUAAGGAAUAACCAAAUAAACUUAAAUCUUAAGUUAACAUAAGGAUCGUGUAUUUACUCUAAACUUCAUGUAGAAAUCAAAUUAAUUUAUAUCUGGGAGCGAAGAUCAUUCUAUCAUUAUAUGGUAAUAUAAUUCAGUUAAUUAAUGGAUUUCCUAAUAGAUAUUAUAUGGACAUAUUAGCUAUAUCUGGUGUUUAAUAUUAAAUAAUAAUGAAGAUUUAAUUGUAUCAGGAAGUUCAGAUAAAAGUAUUAGAUUUUGGAUAAAAAAGAAUGAAUGGAUGUGUUAGUAAACUAUUACAGAUCAUUCUAAUUGUGUAUGUGGAUUAAGUUUAAAUUAAUAAUAAAAUAGAAUUAUCUCUUGUGGUUUUGAUAAAUAGAUAUUAAUAAUGGAAGAAUAAGGAUAAAAUAAAUAAUGGAUUGUAAUAUAAAAGAUUACAGUUGAAUAGUAUGGAUAUCGAGUAUGCUUUAUUGAUAAUAAUAUGUUCAUAUUCUCAUAAUAUGGGAAAGAAUAGAUAUCUAUUUUUGAGAUGAAUAGCAUCAAUUAAUAAUUUGAAUAAACCAGAGAUAUUAAUGUAAAAUGUGGAUUAUACGAUUAUUGUUUAUUUGCUUAAUAAUAUAUAAAUUUAAAAUGUAUCCUUAUGAGUAAGAAUGGCCAAUAUGUCAAUUUAAUAAGAAAACAAUAAAAUGGGCAGUUUGUAACUGAAUAAUCUAUUCAUUUUGAUACAAAUUAUAUAUACGGAAGAAUGAGUGAUGAUGGACAGUAUUUAGUCACUUGGGAUGAUAAAUCUGAGUAAAUAUAAAUCAGAAGAUAUAAAGAAUAAUGA